AUGAUAUUUUUGUCUGUUUGUGUGAUUCCAGAUCGUUUCUUUGCUGGACGAAGUGACGGACUCCGUAGUCUCAUUCAACGAAUGAUGAACCUUGAUGCUUCCAAACGUCCAACAUGUGUUGAGCUGUUGAACGAACCACGGAUCUUCGAGAAUCUUUCCGAGAGAGAAAAGACAAGUUUAAAGAGAGGGGAAUCUGAGGAACCAGCUUCCGAGUGCUCUGAACUCCGACAUGGUUCAGUUUCACCGGAAGUUCCAAAGAGUCCCAUCACCAAGAAACCUAGAACUGUUUCUCCAAAAUCUAAAACUGAAAAAGUGUCUCCAAAAAUCUCCCCAAGAAUUUCAGGCUCCCCUUCAACACCUGUGCGACAGCCACUUCCAGUCCUCGACAUCUCCAGUCCAUAUACUUCUCCAGUGGUGACACGACCUUCGUCUCCAUUCCAAUUGGAAAGAAGAAAAUCAUUCGACAGAACAAGACCAGCGCCAAGACUACUAUUCGGAUGA